GAUUAUUGAGUCCAAUCAAUUAAUUUAGAGGUUAAUGUUUUUCGGACAAUUAUCUGAAAAGAUUCCCUCCGUUAUUAUUAUCAUUAAUUAUUUGUCAUAUUUUCUGUAAGUUUUAUAUUGCAAGAGAUAAUAAAAAAAACAACGAAAAUUCACAUAAGUAUGUAGGAUUUUUAGGUGUGUGGAACAAGUUUGUACUAGUUGUACUGUAUUUGUAAUGUUUUGUUGAGCAAGGUUUGAUAAGGACGUUGCAAAUAAGAAAGAAAAAAAAUGACAAAUUUUUGGUGUGAAUCUAAACCUUUGAUGGUAGCUGCUUGAAAGUGAACAGAAAAGCUGCUCUCAAGACAUGGCAAAAUGUCUUCUGUCAUGGUGCUACAUACGCGGCAUGCUGAGGCGCUUGCUCCGGAAGGCUCCGAGGAUGACGUGGAGGCUGCUUGCACUGCUGCUGGUGACGUGUGCCGUGCUGGGCUGGUGGUUCGCCGGGUACCUGCUGGUGGCGCCCGGCGCGGGGGAGCUGACCGAGGUGCACAAGUGCCCCAGCUGCUACGGGGUCACGGCGUGCCCCGCGUUCAUGCUGGGGCAGGUGGAGCUGACGGGCGCGAGCCGGCUCGUGAGGCUCCUGGACCUCGUCGGGGGCAGGAACGUGAUGUUCGCCACGCACGGGGACCGGCGGGUGGUGCUCAAGCGCCUGGGCAACCGCCGCGAGCUGGCCGAGCUGGACGCGAGGAUCUGCCGCGAGAUGGGGCGUCGGCCGGGUUGUCGCGUGGGCGACGCCAUGUGGAAGGUCAAGGACGUCCGCUCCCUCAUCGCAAGCCUUCUGGACAUGCCGGACGUCAGCCCUAAUUCGAGCGACUCUUACAGGAGUCUUCACCUGUGUCCGUCGACCACCAACGUAGACCUGUUCCUCGAGAAGAUAUUCCUUCGUUACCGAGCCAUCGGAAGAGAGAUUCUGUACACAAAUAUUUGGACAAUGUUGUUGAUCAAUCCGGAACCUAUUAUUUUGCAGGUGCUGCCGGCGGAGGAGGGCUGGCCAGUGCCCCGGUACCUCGGAGCCUGCGGCCGGAUCGCGGUCCAGGAGUAUGCUGGGGAUAUGCUGACGAGCCACCACGGGGCCCCGUGGCUCAGCCGGGCUAGCAUGGCGUACCAGCUGCUCUCCGCGGCCGAGCAGUUCACGUCCGGCCACCCGCACUUCCGCUUCUACCUCACGGACGUGUCCCCGGACAACAUCGCCGUCGACCCCGCGGGGGUCGUCCGGUUCGUCGACCUGGAGAACGUCGUGGUCCUUGACAAGGCGGCUGGCGUGAACGGGGAACUAAAGAUGUGGGAUCGACGCCACACGAGCGAACACAUAGAAUGCGAAGGCUGCUUUGCAUUUUCAGUUCAAGAUCUGUGCAGCCACCAUGUGAGCGACCACAACUUCUACGCGGUGUGCCAGGAGCUGCUGCUGCCGGCAGGAGCGUCCCCCGGCGUGAUGCCCGGGGGCCUGCUGCAUGAUGUGCCCCCACACGUACUCGCCAGCCACCCGCAGCUGCCUCGGCUGAUAGAGCACUGCGCCCGGCCCCCACCGCACCUCGACAGAGCGACGGCCGCCCACAACCUGGCACGCCUGCUCGCCAACAUCACCGCGCAGUCGUAACGAUCAUUCUUCCACAGACACCACUGUCAUUUCCUCAAGCAUCUGGUUUCGACGUGAAUGUGCAUUCCUAUUUACGGAACUGCAAAACACAUCAUAGUGUGAAAGCGCGAAAAUUUCUACGCCAUGGAUGAUAAGCUGUGGUGUGAUGAAAGGAAUGUCAGCCGUAGCAGCAAUGAUCUUCAGCAUGAUAGUGAUGGGGAAAAUGAUUAACAGUUGUAAAAAAUUGUGUUAAUUUUCUUAAUUUUGUUAAUUUUUUUUUUACAUUUUGAAUGGAAGCAUUAUUAAUGGCAUUAAAUAUUAAUUAAACAUUUCUAAUUCUCCUACAGAUUUAGACAAGAUAUUUAAAAAAAAAUUAUUUAGAUUAUUUUUUUUAGUAAUUUGGUGCAGUGACUUCCUACUAAGCAAGGAAAGAACAAAGGUGAGUUAAUAAUUUUUCUUGGAACCUUGACUUAUAUAAUUAGAGGUUUUCUUACAUUCAGGGUCGACUUAUUUUCAGGAGAAUAUACCUAUCCCUCACUUAGCACGUCUUCAGAUUGCGCGAAUUCAUUUAGCGCAAUGUUAAUUUUACUGCCCCAGUCUUGGAUAGCACAUCUGUAAAUUUCAGUUAGCGCGAAAUUUCUACAGGCAAAAAAAAGUCUGAAGUCUGUUUCAACUUCUGUAAACAAUAGAUGUGCCGUGGCAUGCAGUUAGGUAGGUAUAGGAAGGGGGGUGGGGGGGGGGGAAGAGAUGCGCGCACAGGUCUGACUACACUAUCAGCUGUUGUACAAACAUCAGCUAUGGCAAGUUAAGUUGCGGCUAUGGAGUGUAAAGGACCAAAUAUUUUUACAUCCGCGCGUAUACCGCCGUGUACCACAGACCGGGCGGCAAGGCCGCGUCACGCGUCAGGUACCUGAGCCGAAUGAAAGUAUUUCUCAAUUUGAUUAACCUGCAAACAUUUGGCAUAGAUUCACCUUACUUUGCAAGCAGCCAUGCUAUAAGUUUAGUCAAAAAUUGCAUCUUGUAUAUAGUUUUUUUUCAUUAUAUUCCUACAUCUUUUUUUUCUUCUAUGUUCUAUCCAUUAGUACCUACUACAUUAUGUGAGUUAUCAAACAUCUUACAUUUUUUUUUCUGUUACAUAUGUAUUUGUACAAACCUUUCUUUAGUGUUUGUUUUCACAUAUUGUUCAUUGUUCUGUCUAUUCCUGAUGCAUUGCUGUAGAUCAGAUAUUUUCCGAAUGUGUUUUUCAUUCCUAUAUCAUACAAAUUCUGAUAUAGUUCCUUUAUAUGUACCAUUCCAAAAAAAAAAUUUUUUAAAUAGGAUCUGAAAUGUAAUGGCUUUUGUCAUAUCAGACAUCACUGACUAGCAUUGUUACAAUUUAUUAAUAAUUGAAGAAAAAUUUUAGGUUCAGAAUGUACUAGUUCUUUUAAAUUAUGUAAAGGAGGUAGAUGAAAUGCAAUGUUACAGGCCAGUUGAUAGCAUUGAACAUCGGACAUUAUUAAAAGUAUGUAAUUAAAUGAUUUAUGUGUUUUAUUGAAAAUAUUAUUCACGCUUGUAGAAAGGUUUUGAAACAUUAUUAUUUUGAAUUUCAUCUAAUUUCAAUUUUACGUGGAACACAUUCACAUAAUACACAUUGUGCAUAGCACGGAAUCAAACAGCGAUAAUUUGUUUGAUAAAUAAAUAUUUCUUUUAUAUCUAUUUCAGAUAGUGGUCUAUAAGGACAUUCAUAGCACAGCGUGAAAUUGUUAGGGAUGGUGUGUCAUUUGCAGUAGAGUUGAACAUUCGUAAAAUUUGCUCCCACCUCUAUCAAGGUAAGGAUUUUACUACAAUGUUCCACUGCAUAAAAUAGAGUUGUUUUACAGUUGACCACCAUUAUAAGCCUAUUGUGUGGAAGCAAGAUUUGUAGAUUGUAACUCGAAAAAGAAUUGCUGCAGUGACUGUGUGGUAUUGUAUUAAUAGCUAAGUUUAAAGCAGUGUAAAUUUCUACAUCCUAAAAACUUAAAUAUGUCAUGAAAACGGAGUUCUCACUGCAAGAACAAGUGAGGGAUAGGUUUUAUGGUUCAGAGAUUAAGAAAAUUAUGUAAAGAUAGCUGGCAUGAUUAUGUUUGAAGGCCACAUAUUUCAGAUGUGUGUAAAUAUUAUUCACUUAGAAUAUCAAUUUUAAAAAAAAUUAUUUGGCUAUGUUAGUAUUGUUAUCUUUUUUCUAAUUUUUUAAAGAAGUCCAGUGGUUGACCUAGCUUUUAGCGCACUCAAAAGUAAAUAAAAAAAUGUAGUGAUAAAAUUUUUCUUAGUUUACCACUUUCUUCUAAAUGCUCGAAGCUAACUAAAUAACCUGAAAAAAGAAAAGACUGAAAACAUACUAACAAACUAUUUGGUUGAAUGCUUUCAUUAAGUGCUCUUGUAUUUCUAAUACUGUUCCUUUAUAUUUUAGAUUCACAUUUACUACUAGUAUGUAUUAGUAAAGCACUAGCUGCAGUACUCUGUGUUGCCUGGACUGAACACAGGGUGAUAUAUUGUCCGCAAAUUAAAGCAAAAAGGAUAGCGCUAUAUAUGACAGUGUGGUGGACAUAGAAAAAUAACACACAAUUGCUGUUUAUAUGUGUAUGACCUAUGAUUUUCUGUUUACCCAUGGCGAUCAGUUAAAUGCUGUAGAAGUUCAUGUGUUACAGCGCCAUCUAGUGGCAAGUUAUAUUAAAAUGUGUAUUGCAAAAAUAUUCUCUGUGUUAUAAUAUCUAUGUACACCAAUUUUCAUGAAGAUUGGUUGAAUGGUGUAGAAGUUGAUGCACUACAGCACCAUCUAGUGGCGAGUUAUAGUAAAAUAGACAUCGCGAAAAUAUUCUCUGUGUUAAAAUAUCUAUGUAUACCAAUUUUGAUGGUGAUUGGUUGAAUGAUUUUGAAGUUGAUGCACUGUAGCACCAGCUAUCAGCGAGUUACAAAAAAUGUAUAGCAUAAAAAGUAUAAACUUUCUCCAUGAAAAAAAACUUGGAUGUGCCAACUUUCAUGGCGAUCGAUCAAACGGUUUCAGAGUUUAUAAACUUCAUACAUACCAACAUCCUAUUAUAUAUAUGUAUAUAUGUAAAUAUGUAUACCGUAUUUACUCGUGUAUAGCGCGCCCUCGUGUAUAGCGCGCACCACGAUUUUUGCAACAAAUUCCAAAGAAAAAAAAAACCCCGUAUAUAAAUUUUACUAACAUUUUGUGGUACCUGUUAAAUAAUUACGUAUGAAACAAAUGAUAAUUUAAAUUGAUGUGUGGUGAUGCGUCAGGAAAAUACUUAAACUCUGCUGUGUAGACGGAAGAUAAUGAAGCGCUGUAUCGUCACAACUGGUACUUGGGCGGAGGGAGGCAGGCAGUAGCAGAGACGCGGGAAGAAUAAGAUGACUCACCGGUAGCAGCUGCGACGAGGAAGCGAAGGAAGUGGGAGGGGGAAUGGCGACAACAUUCUCUCUCUUUUAUUUUACUAGCUGCUGCACUGGCUUUCUCUAGAGGGGGAGGUCUAAAAAUAAACAAGAGACGUGCGCGCGCGCGCGCUGUGAACGUGUGUGUGCGAGAGACCAGGUUGUGUGUGUGUGUGUGUGUGUGUGUGUGUGUGUGUGUGUGUGUGUGUGUGUGUGUGUGUGUGUGUGUGUGUGUGUGUGUGUG